CAAUCGCUCUCUCUGUCACUGGCUGUGGUGAAGAGGUCGAGCAUCAAUGGCUGCAGGACCGUCCAUUGGCUUAGUCAUGAUAUUCCUUCUGCUGGUUGUGGGUACAAAAGCGGGGAAUCUGCAGACUGGCUGGAGCUGGAAAGGCUUCCUUCAUCCACACAGAAGGCUGUUCGUGUUUGGGGAUUCCUUUGCCGACACCGGCAAUGUGCACAACCCAAAAGGACCCUACUUUUCCCUCGGAAAACCCUACGGUGAGACAUAUCCGGGGUUUCCUACCGGUCGAUGGUCCGACGGUAAAGUCAUGACAGACUUUGUAGCUGAAUACCUGCAUCUACCUUCUCCGGUUCCAUACAGCAAGAGAGAGCAGUUUAAGUGGCUUCGAAGGUAUGGCAUGAACUUCGCGUACGCAGGAACCGGCGUCUUCGACACGUUCACCGGCCUUCCCGACAUGACACAACAGAUCGACGCGUUCGAACAGCUGAUCAAGAGCGGGCUUUAUGCUGAACAUGUGAAUUCCUCCGUUGCUUUCGUCUCUUAUGCAGGCAACGACUACUUGGUUUAUCUUGUAAGGAACAAUUUCUCUAUGGAGGGUCUUUAUGCCUAUGGGCACCAAGUAGUGCAAAAGCUUGCAGCAAACCUGCAGAGGCUGCAGGAUCUAGGGGUGAAGAAGGUGGCAGUGACAACCCUCCCGCCAUCAGGCUGCAUACCCAUUUUCACAUAUUCGACCUCCUUCUCUCAGUGCGUUUCUCAAAACAAUAAUUUCUCUGCUCUGCACAACCAACUCCUCAACGCCUCCGUUCGAGACCUCAGCCCACCGGUGGUCGUUCUUGACAACUACAACGCUUUCUUGACUGUGCUUCAGCAAGAGAAGUUCGGAAACAGAUUGAGGGGUUGCUGCAUGGGCGUGAACGCCACGGUUUGGUGCGGCCAAGUGGACGGCAAUGGGCAGCCCCAGUAUACACUAUGCCCCAACCCGUGGUCUACCUUCUGGUGCUCCAAUUCCUUCCAAAUCAUGAAGAUGUAACAUGCUGAAUAACAACCUUAAAGCAAUGUAUUGAAGAGUAGGAUAAGCACGUUCAUGUUUGACCCACCAAGGAAUAGGUAGAUAUGUGUCUCUAUCUACUAUUGCAGUCAUAUCUUCAUUUCCUGUAGAAAAGCUUGUAAACUCAUUGUGAGCUCGUUCAUUUUGAUAUGGAUCUCUAAAAAUUCUAUGAAGACAUAUCACCUUAAGUUUUGAUAUUUCAAGACCUAUAUGUGGUGGGGUUCUUCCGACACAUUCAGAGAGCCACUUUAAUCCAUAAUACUUAGGGUUCAAUGAGUGUGCCAUGCAUUGCAAAGAGGUGUUGCUCUUAUCUCAUCUUGUUACUAAUAUAUUGUGCACAUGAUAAAAAAAGUCUGAAUCUUCAAGUGCAAAGUUCUUCUUCUCAUGAUUGAAAAUGACAUCCCACAGUUUGCAAAUCAUAUUGUUCCACAUUUCAUAAACACAGUGAAGCAUUGACUUGUCACAAUCAAGAGCCCUCAACAUCUCCCAAAAAGCUAUGUGAAUGUAAGAAAAUAAGAGAUUUUAUCUCAAAAAACAUCACCAACAAGCAAUUGUUUGAUGGUUUGAGCUUUGUUAUCAACACCAUGAUAGAAGUUCCAAUCAUCAUCUGUCACCAUAUUGAUUAAUGCACUUUUCAUCACAACAAUGAUAGAAGCAAAACAUGUCUCUGCAACUCUUAACUUCAAAUCUAUAUAUCUAUUAUAAAUGGAAAGCACAUGUUGAUGAUUAACUAUGAAGUUUCUAAUGUUUUUAACGUCUCUCCAAGUCUUCAAUCCACGAACACAACUGAUAAGCACGAUAAUCCUGUUCUUUGCUUGAUGGAUUGCAUAUACUUUUCAAUGCCAAAUUUAAACUAUGGACUGCACAAGGUUUCUAAAAAAUGUGAGGAUAUUCAUGUUCCACUAGAAGACCAACAACUCUACAUACAGUUGCAUUAUCUGUAAUUAUCUGAACAAUCUUAUCAUUUCUAACUUCUUCAAUCAACUCUACAAAUAACCCUUUCAAAUACUCCGCAUUUUUAUAUUCACCAAACACAUCUAUUGCUUUCAGAAAGAUUGGCCCAUGCAAUAAAGUUAAUAAGUAGGUGUCUUUGAAUAUCUGUCUAGCCAUCAAAUACAAUUGAAACUCCAUGUCGCUCUCAUGUCAACUUUUUAUAUUGUAGAAAUUUAUCUAUUCGACUCUUCUCUUGUUGUAGGAUGAUUGUUUGAAGCAUUUCAGAGUCUGGAGCAACAUAUCCAGACAUAUUGUUAUUUGCCAAAGAUGUAACUAGAUCCUUUCAAUAUGGAUUUCUAGCUACAUUAAAUGGUAUGCAACUAGAAAAGAAGAAUGUUCCAACUUUUCUAUCUAAUUCCUACCUUUUUUUUAAAGCAAAUGUCUGUUCAAUUGAUUUUUGAAAUGUGUCCAUUUCCUUUUUUCUACUCAUGGACUGCAUCAUCGUAUAAGAGUACUGAGGGAAUGUUAAGAAAACCGGAUUGUUUACCACUUCUCUUUAUAUCAUAUUGUUCUUGUUCAUUCUUCAACUCAUUCACACUAUCAGGUUUGAUAUUAUUACACAAUUGAAUAUCAUUACCUUUUAUGUGCAAUAGAUGUGCUUUAACUCUUGUAUAUGUUCCAUUGAACUCCGUCCUACAAAAAGAACAUUCAAAGAUUACAUUCUCACCACCUCCAUGAGCUUUUCCUUUCUUUUCCACAUAACCCCAUUAUGGCUGGUCCUCUUGUAACUGUGACAACUUGAACUUGUAGGUGUAGAAGUAGUUCAUUUCUCUUUACUUGAAGCAGCCAUACUAUAAGUCUAUAAAAAAGAUAAUCAAACAAGCAAGUAACAUAAAUUGUUCACUCUGUGUAAUAUAUAUGACAUAUGAACAAAUUUAAAAAAGAGAACAAUAUCUGCAAUGAACAAAUUUAUAGCUUAUAGGAAACACAGAGUGCACAAGAAAAGCAAAUCUCGUAUAAACAAAUGCUUGACAUAUAGACUUGUUUGUUUGACUUAUGUGGUGGGGAGCACGAUUGAUUUUUCUUAGUGAAAUUAUGCACAAAUGAAGAUAUCAGAUUUACUUGGAUAAGUAUUGUGGAUGUGCAUACAACAUAUUUCUAUUCUAAAUGUCUUCUUCGUGUGAAAAGGUAAAGCCAUGUAGCAAUACAUCAAUAGAUUAGCAACAAACACAUAAUACAAAGAACUCUAGAGAUUCUGAAAUAA